GUCUCGGGGCAAAUAAACAGCGUAUGUAUCCGCCUGUUCCUGCAGUCGUGUUGAGGCUUUGUUUCCUGGUUCCGCAAUAAUCUCCAGAUUACUCCGUACUGGCGCUUUACCCAUUUUUGACCUCUCACCAACCGUCGCAAUCACUUCGCACAUAUUCAUGUACAUCUAAAAGAAAACAUGGUCUCGCAACAUGACAGAGAGCUUUUUCGCAACGAUGUACGCUCUCGAGGGAUCAAGCUCAGUGCUGCUGACCGGGAAAACAUUUUGAGGCCAUAUCUCCCAGACCCCUCUGACCUCCAACGAGGGUCACCGCAGCGGCAGAACAAAGCUCACCGAAGGGCUCCUGUACGAACUUUCGUCAAGGCACAAAUCCACCGUAUUGUAUACACCUUCGUUCAUAUCAUCUUUGGAAUCAUAAUUCGGCUCCUUCAAAGCUACCAUGCCACCGUGGACCGGAUAUGCGCAGUCAUAUAUUAUCACCAUCGAACCCCUGAAUUGAUCAGGAAAGAUGUGAAAGGCCUCAAGCGCCUACCCGAACACUUGAGUAUCAUCCUGUCGCUUCGCAAGGAGGAUGACGCCCUUAGCGUUUUGAUGGACGAAGUUGCGGAGCUUGCAGCUUGGAGCGUGAGUGCCGGAAUACCAGUGUUGAGUGUUUACGAAAAAAGCGGGGCUCUGAAAUCCUGCAUUCCUAUACUUCACCAGGCUAUCACAAACAAAAUGUCUUCUUACUAUGGCUCUCCUAUUCAACAACCCCGGUUGCGUCUAUUUGCGCCCCAUCAUCCUGUCUUUGACCAGCUGCCACAAGAUGUCGCUAGUGAUUGCAACAAUGGAUCCUUGACGGUGCUUCUGCUCUCCGCCACUGAUGGCAGGGAAACCUUUGUCGACCUGACUAAAACUUUGGCGGAGAUGUCUCAGGGCGGAAAAUUGUCACCCGAAGAUAUUAACUUAGAAUUGGUCGAUGCAGAAAUUAGUGAGAUUACUACUCAGCCGACUCGGCCAAGUUCGCGAACCUCGAAUGACAACAACAAGGCUUCGGACCAGUUCAGGUUUGUCGCAAAGCCUGAGCCCGACCUUUUGCUAGUAUUCGGCGCCUUUCUAAAACUAGACGGAUACCCUCCUUGGCACGUUCGACUGACCGAGAUGUUUUGCACUGGCGGUAGAAGUAGGGGGACCAAUACAUCUGAAGAAGCAGUUGAAUAUCAUGGCUUUCUACGGGGACUCUGGCAUUAUGCUGGGGCUCAGAUGAGGUUCGGCCGUUGAAAGUGUUGAGAAUGAUCACGGGGUGGUCUGUGUAUACACCAGCGCAGCAUCUAGAUCUCUUUAUCAGGUUUAAAGUCAUUAUCAGUGUCUCACAACCAACUUCUUGCUGGAGGAUCAGCGCCCAGAUAGACAAGACCCGAAUAAGUCGAAACGCGGAAG